GAGGAGAGUUGAUGGAUGUGAAGGAUCUGAGCUGAGGCUCGUUUCUGCAGACCAGCGGCGCCGUCUUCACCUUCCCUCCUCCCUCCCUCCACCGGGGUCUCUGGGGGGGAUGAACGGGGAGGCGAUGGAGGGGAACCCGGCCCAGCAGCAGCAUGCCGGUAACGGCUCCCACCUCCCUCCCCCUCCCACCAUCACGCCGGCCAUCCCUCCCUACGUGAAGCUGGGUCUCACCAUCGCCUACACCAUCUUCUACUCGCUUCUCUUUGCCUUCGUCUACGCCCAGCUGUGGCUGGUGCUGCGCUACCGCCACAAGCGUUUCAGCUACCAGACGGCCUUCCUGUUCCUGUGCCUGCUGUGGGCCGCCCUGCGCGCCCUCCUCUUCUCCUUCUACUUCAGGGACUGUGUGACCGCCAACGCGCUCGGACCAUUCGCCUUCUGGCUGCUCUACUGCUUCCCCGUCUGCCUGCAGUUCUUCACGCUCAGCCUCAUGAACCUCUACUGUGCACAGGUUUACUUCAAGGCGAAGUCCAAGUACACACCUGCCCUGCUCAAGUACAGACUCCCUCUGUACCUCGUCUUCUUGGGCGUCAGUCUUCUCUUCCUGGUGGUUAAUCUGGUCUGCGCCCUGCUGGUCAAAAUGACCGCCGCCGACGUCAAGACCAUUGUCUUGGUGAGGGUUACCAUCAACGACAGUCUGUUCGUCCUCUGUGCCGUCUCGCUGUCCGUCUGCCUCUACAAGGUUGCCAAGAUGUCGCUGGCCAACAUCUACCUGGAGUCAAAGGGCACGUCGGUGUGUCAGGUGACUCUGAUCGGCGUCAUGGUGGUGCUGCUGUACGCGUCGCGGGCGUGCUACAACCUGGUUGUGCUCGCCCUCACCGACAUCGAGACCAUCAAUUCCUUCGACUACGACUGGUACAACGUUUCUGACCAGGCCGACCUGCGCUCGUCUCUCGGCGACGCUGGCUACAUCGUAUUCGGGGUGAUUCUGUUCGUCUGGGAGCUGCUGCCGACCUCGCUGGUCGUCUUCUUCUUCAGAGUCCGCCGACCGCCGCAGGAGAGGAGCGCCGCCGGGAUCCCAAACCACGUCCUCUCGUCCCGCGGAUACUUCUUCGACAACCCGCGACGCUACGACAGCGACGACGACCUCGCCUGGAGCAUCCCUCCACAGAACGCCUCAGCCAGUCUCUCCUCGGACUGUUACGACUGGGGCAGCCGCCACAGCAGCUUCACCGUUCACACCAACAGCGACGAGCAGCGCCUGACCGCCGCCGCCGGGGAGCUCCACCCCUACCCAUAAUCCCUCACUUCACUGUACAGCUUCACUCUGCACUUUGACCGAUUAGUUAUUGUGUUUCUGUUCAUCACUGAUGUGCAACUUUGUCACUGUAGAAAAUUUAGAGAAAACAGCAGAAUGUUCUGCAGGAUUCCUGCACGGCGCCGAUAUUCACUUGAGAGCGCCGAUAUUCACGCGGCGGCGGUGGCACCCCCCGCAGGCUGCUACGCUUCAGCUCACUUCUCAAAACAAUGAGAAACUUUCUCAAAAUGACCUAAUAUCUCAAAAUGAAAAGGUGUUUAAAAAAAUUACAAAAUAAAAUAAAAAUACCAACACUUUCUCAAAAUGAUGUGUGAAUUAAAAUAAAAACAAUGAUUAAUUUAAUGUUAAAAUAACUCUCAAAAUGACUUAAUAUCUAAAAAAUAUUUUUAUCUACAAAUGAGAUACUUUACCAAAAUGAUUUACUAAUCUGAAAUAACAAUCCUAAUCAUAUUCAAUCAUCUCUCAGAAAGAUAUAAUAUCUCAAAAUAAUAUUCACAUUUUCUCAAAAUAACUUGUGUAUCGUAAUAAAACCAAUGAGUAAUUAUGUCAAAAUAACUCUCAAAUUGAUGCAGUAUCUUAGAAUAAUAACUAAAUAUCUCUAAAUAAUGACUUGGUUGCUUAAAAUGUUGACUCACUAUCACAAAGUAAUGAGAAACUUUAAAACUAUGUUUAAAAAUGAAAAAAGUUUCUCGAAAUAAUGACGAAGCACUUUACAAAAUGACUUAACAUCUCAAAAUUAUGAGAAACUUUCUCAAAAUGAUUUACUAAUCUCAAACUAUGACUUAGUAUCCUAAAAUGAGGACCUAAUAUCUCAAAAUAAUGAGAAACUUUCUCAAAAUGACUUAAUAUCUCGAAAAGACAACAAAGUGUGAAAAGAUGACUGAUUCUCAGAAUGAAGUGAGUUAUUUUCUAAAAAUAGUGAAACUUUCUCAAAAUUACAUCGCAUCUCAGAAUAAUAUUUUAAUAUUUCAAAAAUAAUGCCUUAGUUUCUGAAAAUGUUGACUCACUAUCACAAAGUAAUGAGAAACUUGACAAAGCUUCUUGAAAUAACUACACAGCACCUUACAAAAUGAUUUAAUACCUCGAAAUAAUGAGAUAUUUUAUCAAAAUGUUUUUCUAAUCUGAAGUUAUGAGUAAGUAUCCUGAAAAUAAGGACUUGGUCUCUCAAAAAGAGCUAAUAUCUCAAACUAAUGAGAUACUUUCUCAAAAUGACUUAAUAACUCAAAUUGACAACAAAAUAACGACUUAGUUUCUUAAAAUGUUGACUCAUUAUCACAAAACAAUGACAAACUAGUUUAAAAAUGACUUCACAUCUCAAAAGUUUGUGUCUUAAAAUAACUACAAACUUUCUCAUAAUGACAAUGUUUCUCUAAAUAACUAUACAGCACCUUACAAAAUGACUUCAUAUCUCGAAAUAAUGAGUUUGUAUCUAGAAAUGACAAAGUGUAAUAAAAAAACUGAUUGAUUCUCAAAAUGAAAUGAGUUUUUACCUAAAAAUAAUGAAACAUUCUCAAAAUUAUUAUUCUCGAAAUAAAAACAAUGAUUGAUUCUGUCAAAAUACCUCUCAAAAUGACUUAAUAUCUCUAAAUGAUGACUUAGUUUCUUCAAUAAUGUUUACUCACUAUCACAAAAUAAUGAGAAACUUGUUUAAAAAAUAAUGAAAUAGUUUCUCAUAAUGACUUAGUUUCUCGAAAUAACUACGUAACAUCUCAAAAUAACGAGAUACUUCAUCAAAAUUAUUUCCCAUCUGAAAUGAUGAGCUAAUAUCUCAAAAUAAUGAGAAACUUUCUAUAAAUGACUUAGUUUCUUGAAAUAACUCAAAAGUAAUGAGAACAUUUUCUCAAAAUGACUUGAAGAGUGUUAAUAUCUCAAAAUAAUGACAAGAAUUCUCAUUAUUACUUUUGUAGAAAUGGGCUUCUGUAAAAUAUCCUCAAAUCAUUUUGUUUUUGGGUUCUUGACUGUAAAGAGACAAAAAUAAAAGUUAUUAACACACACGUGCACCGUAAGUUGAUUCAAUGAUCAAUAAUCUGUAAAUAUCAGUAACCAGAGAGCAGAAACACCUCCGUGUCGUUUAAUGUUCACCAGAAUAUCCACCUGAAAAACUUCUCACUUUAAACACAUUAAAAUAUUUGUUAUCUGGAAAGUUUAGAUCCAUUUCAAGUUUCCAGAAGCUUUUUCUGUUUUUACAUAAAAAAAAUAUUUAACCCAUCAGAAGUGUCAAACUGAAAAAAUAAAGAAGAGAAACGUUAAUAAUUAAAGACAUCAGUAGGUUUUUGUUAAUGUUUCGCAGUGUUUACAUUUCUGUAAAAAAAAAAAAAAAAAAGGAAAAAAGUCUAUAUUUCUAAGGGACGCAGGU